AUGAGUGUGGGAGCUGUCUCCCUGACAUCCUCAGCGACAACUGAGAGCGAUUGGGGAACAAGUGUUACUCCUGGUGGUAGCCCUGACGCAACUGUUAAAGGACUCGCGCUGGAAGAUGACAACGGUGAUUCCUUGAUAGGUCUGAAUAACACGCUUCAUGAAGAACUUGAAGAUAUAUGGGAUACUGAGACAUCAAGGUCUGAAUACCCUGCUGAUGAUACAGAUAAGGUUGGCUCAUGGUCUUGGUAUUCGAUAUCUUGGACUUGGGUCACUCUUGGAGAGCUAGUCGUCGGGGUGAUCGGGAUCAUUGGUAAUCUUCUGAUAAUCACUGUUCUUUUUCAGCGGCGCGCUAAGAGCCGAUCUACCGACACACUCAUAGGCGCACUUGCGGCGGCAGAUCUCCUGACCUCGGUUGGGCUGCUUCCUGUUCCAUAUGCCAAAGGUGUUCCGGUAUCCUGGCUCGGACGAGUCUACUGUAAAGUGGUAUGGCUUCCGAACUACAUGAUGGUGUUGACAUUGCUGUCAGGGUUUGUGCUAUCCGCCAUCUCUAUUGAGCGUUACAUCGCGGUCACUCAUCCCAUCUACUUUAACAGGAUUUUAACCAGACGGCGAGUAUCUGAGGUGGUUGUGAUUUUAUGGAUCUUAUCAAUGUUGCUUUGCAUCCCUGGUUACUUCAUAGCUGAUGUGGACAAAGCGAAGCGUCGAUGUAAUGUUGUGGAAAUUACAUAUGCGGUUGACAUGGCGUUUACUCUUUACUUUCUAACCAUUCAACUAUUCAUACCAGCCAUCAUUAUGGUUGCUACCCAAACCUUAAUAGCAGUCAAGCUCAAAGCCCAGUCGAAGCGCUUGAGAGGAUCUAAAUCACACCAUCUUGCCGCGAGCAGAGCUGUUAUUAAACUGAUGCUCAUCGUUAUCAUUGCGUACCUUGUUUGCUGGACUCCCCUUCAUUUGAUUUUCUUGCUUAAAGCAGUGCUCCGUUAUCAAAUCCAAGCGAAUUCUCAGAUUGCCAACGGCGCCAUGAUUCUAGUUGCUGUCAAUUCCAGCAUCAACCCCAUCAUCUACAGCAUCCGUUACCAGGAGUUCCGCAAUGCUGUCAAGGACUUGUUUGUAGGGGGAAAGGUCCAAAGUAAAGCGAUGUUCGAUGAUCCUGACGGAUCAUUGUCUACCAAGGAUGGGCCGGCCUAA